AUGGACACAGACACAGGCAUGCACCAAAACCAACACAACAACCAACAGUUCAAAAUCCAGCACCACAACAACAACCAACAGUUCAAAAUCCAACACAACAACCAACAGUUCAAAAUCCAGCACAACAACAACAACCAACACAACAACCAACAGUUCAAAAUCCAGCACAACAACAACCAAAACCAACAGUUCAAAACCCUGCACAGCAACAACCACAAACAGAGCAAGGACAUAAAAGAAGUAGAGAACAAGGAAACCAAGAUUUCUUAA